GUGGCGCUCGUCGAUUGACGAACUAUGACCCAUGCCACAUCAAGGGCCCCUGCUACAAGGGCGUGGUUUGGUUUCCUGGCGCCGAGUUCAUGGGACCUGGCUGGUACUGCAGCGAUGCCUUGGAUGUGCGCAAGGAUGCCUACUUCGACAAGUGCCACAUCGUCUCCCCGUGCUACUUCGGCGCAGUGUGGACGGGAAAGCGCUGGGAGUGUGGAGUCGAGGACCAGAAGAACGUGACCAAGAAGUACAAGGACUUGAUGCACAUUCUCAUCCAUGGGCCGAAGCGUGGGGACAAGAUCUGGGCUGUCAAGGAGUUGGAUCAGGAGCUCCCACUGAUGCCAACCAGCUGUCCUCACCGUGGUUGGCAGGCUCCGAAGAAGUGCCGUAUGAUCGGCAUGGACCAUGGCCGGCUCAUCAUGUCGGUGCCGCAGAGCACCGUGCUCUUUGACCUCCUCGUCUGCGAGGAUCCUGAGAUGCGUGGACGAGCCAGCAAAGUCUUGUACAACAUCGUCACCGAUGACAAA